AUGUCUCAGAAUCCCACAUCAAACUCCUCGGCUAAAAACAUUAUAUCCUCAUAUGGUUACAUGGAGCGAUACGGACAUCUUGCACCUCCCCGCGAAAAGCCCACCCACGAACUUGACGACCUCGAACAAUCCAUCUCUGUCCGAAUCAACGAUAAGUAUAUCAACUGCUUCAGACUCGUCGCCGCGGGCAAAACCACCACCGGAUAUGGCGUCCGUAUACAUGCGUUCACCGACGAUUCGGAAUGCAGAGACGUCGCCAUGAAAGGGAAACGGGAGGAUGUCCAGGUCACUGUCGCGCCAAAAGACAAGCUCGCGGACGAGGUCGUUGGCGAGAUCAUGGCUAUUUCGCUGGGGAAUCAGGGAUGUAUUAUCAUUCUGGCGUAUUUCAAAAAGGCUGAUCUGGGCUUUGGCAAGGAUGAUGGGUGGGUGAAGGUUUCGAUGGAUAGGGAAUAUAAAGAGGAUGUGAUACCGCAAUGGGAGGACCUGGAGGAGUGGGUUGAGUUGUGA